AUGAAUGUGAUAUUAAAAAUUAUGAAUAAUAAUCAUUUUUAUCGACCCACCUUAACAGGAAACAAGAAUCGUUAUAAAGUUAAUGCAGACAAUUUUGGACAUAUUUUAAAAGUAUUAUCAAACAAAAAGCCUUAUUUGUAAAAUUCAUAACUCUUUCCUGGUAUGAGCAAUAUAUACUAUUCAAUAUUUCUUUUAGAAUCUUAGAUCUUUGAGUCAUCCAAAAAUUUUGACUAUAAUUCAAUUGAUGUAAGGCAAUUUAAAGAACAAUCAGAUUCAAGAUAAAGAGUUAAGACUGAAAUAGUAAGACCCAAAUAUCAAUUAUAACACUAAAUUUAGAAAAUUGAUUCUACUACUGCAUAUUUUCCAAAAUUAAAAGAAAGAGCUCAAUCAUAAAAAAAAAAAAAACUCAAAAAAGUAAUUUCAUAAUUGAAAAGAUAGCCCUUGAGGUUGAUAUUGGUGAUUCACCAGUUAGUAUUAGAGAUUUACAGAAAUCUCUUGAUUAUAGUAGGAGUCAACCAAAUAAACAAAGAAAUCUGACUCCACUUUAACAUAAAACAAUCGAAGUAUCUAAAUUAAUAAGUCAUUCUGAUCAUUUAAACUAAGAAGAAAUUAUGCAAUUUUCAUUUGGAUUAUAGUACAAUAGAAUGAACAUUGAAAAAUAAAAAUCUAAAUUUCCUAAAGACAUAUUUCUUGGAGAUGUAAGAAAGGUCAAAAGAAUUUUUUAAUAACAAUGACUUAAUAUUAUUCAUUAUAUG